AUGCUCCCUUCCCAGUCCUAUGUCAACACCUCCUUCUUCCAGCCGCCUGCUUUCCUGAUGAUUGGCAUCCCAGGGCUGGAGGCCUUUCAUGGCUGGAUCUCCAUUCCUUUCUCCUGCAUGUACACUGUAGCCCUCACUGGAAACUGCCUCAUCCUCCUGGCUGUGAGGAGGACUCCCAGCCUGCACCAGCCCAUGUACUACUUCCUGUCCAUGCUGGCCCUCACUGAUGUGGGCCUCACCUUGUCCACACUGCCCACCACCCUGGCUGUGCUCUGGUUUGACCAUAGUCUCAUUGCCUUCAAUGCCUGCCUGACCCAAAUGUUCUUCCUCCACUCCUUCUCUGCAGUGGAGUCCUCGGUGCUCCUGGCCAUGUCAUUUGACCGCUUUGUGGCCAUCUCCAAGCCCUUGCACUAUGCAGCUAUCCUCACCAAUACUGUCAUCACCAGGAUUGGACUGACCAUUGUGGCUAGAGCCACUGUGUCCCUCCUCCCAUUACCCUUCUUACUAAAGAGACUCAACUUUUGUCCUGGCAAGAUCCUUCUAUCCCAUUCAUUCUGCUUCCAUGCAGAUGUCAUGAAAAAGGCCUGUGCAGACAUUACCAUCAAUAUCCUUUAUGGGUUGUAUGUAGUUCUGUCCACAGCGGGUAUAGACUCCUUGCUUAUUGUCCUAUCUUAUACCCUUAUUCUUCAUACAGUGAUGGGCCUGGCCUCUCCCAGAGAGCGCAUUCGGGCCCUCAAUACUUGUAUUUCUCAUAUCUUAGCUGUUCUGGUUUUCUACAUCCCAGUCAUAGGUGUGUCCAUGAUCCACCGUUAUGGAAAGCACCUGCCUCACAUUGUACAUGCUCUUAUUGCCUAUGUGUACCUGGUGGUGCCCCCUGUGCUCAACCCCAUCAUCUACAGUGUGAAAUCCAAGCCCAUCAGAGAAGCUAUGCUCAGAGUGCUGAGGGGGAAGGGCCAAGGCUGA